AUGGCAUAAAGUUCAAGUUACAGAUACCACACACGAAGUUGUAAACUUACCAACGGGGCAUGAAAUAAUGUUCAAAGUGGCAGCUGUUAACUGUGCCGGAGUUGGGCCUACAUCACACAACACGAAAUACGUAAAGAUAGUUAGUGCCGGAUCAUUCUCUCCGCCCGUCAUUCAAGAACCUUUAUCAGACUUAUCUGUUGGGCUAAGAAAAUCGGCAGUACUCCAGUGUGUGAUAACUGGGAAACCAACACCGGAAAUAAAAUGGCUCAAGAACAAAACAGUGUACAAGACGAAGACCGCUACGUUCGAAAACCACGUGGCCAAACUGAUGAUCGCGGAGUGCGUUGAAUCGACGACGGGCACGUACACGUGUCAGGCGACCAACGGAGCGGGCACCGUGCAGACAUCGUGCAAGCUUAGUGUGCAAGACGUGCCGAAGAUAGAAGUGCACGAAUCGGAAUCAUCGCAGAUGAUCAGGGUGCGAAACCAAUGGAAGGUCAAGGUCACCUACAAGGGCUACCCAAAACCAACCGUAUCGUGGCAAAAGGACGGGCAACCGUUGCCGACGGCCGACAAGCACGUGACCGUGUACAACGACGACGACGACUGGUCCACGACGAUAGCCGUUUACUGUGUCGAGAGGUCAGACACCGGAGUGUAUACGGUGACCGCGUCCAAUGACGCUGGCACGGCCACGUGCAAUCUAAACCUCAAAGUGAUUGAAUCUGUUUCGGAUGGUAAAGAAUUCGGUUGUACUGAUAAACCAAGUGCUCCGCAAGGCCCGAUGCGCAUCAAAGAAAUCAACUCGGAUUCAGUGACCAUCGAGUGGAGCAAGCCAUUGGAUGAUGGUGGGCUGGACAUCUCGUCGUAUCAGGUGGAAAGGUGUAACGUCGGCAAGAUGAUCUGGUCUAAAGUCGCCGACGUCGACCAUGAUGUGUCGGCGUAUAGCGUGCAAAAACUUCACGAAGACUCUGAGUACAUGUUCAGGGUUUGCGCUCAAAACGCUGUGGGGGCUUCGGAAUUUUUAGAUAGCGAACCAGUGACCGUCAAAUGCAGAUACCAUAAGCCAUCGGCACCACAAGGGCCUCUGCAGAUCACAGGUGUAACAGACACCUCGCUGACGAUCGCUUGGUUGCCGCCUUUUGACAACGGUGGAAUAGCGAUCGAAGACUAUUGCGUAGAAAUCAAAGAAGUUGACAAAAAAGCAUGGAGAAAGAUCGGUUCCACAAAAGACUUGCACAUUAAGAUAUCAGAUCUGAAGAAGGGUUCGUCCUACGACAUAAGAAUCACGGCCAGAAAUCACGUAGGUUACGGAAAACCGUAUCAACCGAACGAACCAAUUGUAGCCGGCAAGCGUAUAAGCUUUAAGAAUGGAAUAUCUGAUGAAACACUCUAUGUAUUAAUGGGAAUAUUCCCGACGAGAUCAAAAGUUUCUGCUUCGCCAUCACCGCCCACAGAUUUCACUGUGAGUGAUAUUACCAGCAAAAGCGUGACAUUACAUUGGAAUCCACCGGAAAAUAAUGGAGGAUCCGAGAUCACAGGUUAUGUGAUUGAAAAACAAUUGAACGCGAGUAACAAGUGGUUCAAAGUGGCCACAUUGGAACCGUCGGUAACGCGAUAUUGCGUGGAGAAUUUGAAAGAAAAAUCCGAGUAUUUCUUCAAAAUUUAUGCGGAAAACUGUGUCGGUCUCAGUCAACCGGUUGAGACGAAACUCGUCAGUCUACUGACCCAUGCCACUGUGCCUUCACCACCUACAGCCCCAUUGGAAGUUCGAAAUUUAAACGCCAAUACGCUGAUCGUGGAAUGGGGUGUGCCAGAGAUGGACGGUGGCGCGCCAUUGCUAGGUUACAACGUAGCAAUUCGGGACGAAAAGAAGACAAUGUGGAUGGAAGUCGGACGGGUCAGUGCGGACGUACAAAGGUUCAACAUCAAAGAUUUACAGGAGAAUCAUAGAUAUCACAUUAGGAUAUUUGCUAAAAACGAAGUCGGCAUCAGCGAACCACUGGAAACAGAAGAACCGUAUACCGUACAAAAACCGACAGAUUAUUACGAAUCGGAUGUCGAAGAAUCCGUCAUAGAGUCCAAACCGUCUCUAACUCAAACUUCAGAGACCACUACAUCGUGGCUGAGAGAGCACAACAUGGACGCGGACAUAUCGUCUUAUUCGAACGCUGCAUUGUUGAAAAGGAGCGAAUACUUCUUCCGAGUUUGGUAUUACGCGAGAACGCUGUUCAAAUAAUAUACUUUACUUAUAAUUAUUAUAAUUUGUUGUCUUAUUAACGCAAACAUAUUGGAAAUAAAGUGAAAAUUGUUCGUAUCGACGUUCCCUGAGUCAAAACAAACAAUUUUCCCUGCUUUUCACAAUUGUGUUUUUUUUUUUUUUAAAUGUGAUUGUGAUAAAAAUAAAUU